AUGGAGCUCCAACAGACCUCACAUUCCAAUUACCCUGUCGCUCCACCUCUGCUGAGUAAAGACGCUGAGUAUUGGUUCUGUGGAUCUGAAGGCUGGGGACCACUCAGCAAAUCCAGGUUCGGUCUCACUCCUUGCUUCGAGUACAGCAUUCUCCUGGGAGCACUGUCAACUCUGGCGAUCGCCUCAUUUUUCGGCCGAUACAUGGCCCUCCGGAAAUACUCCAAACCUCACGGAUUUGGGCGUACAGCAUGGAUCUACUGGCCUACGCAGACAUGCAUGUCCCUCACAGGAAUGAUGGCUGUCGUUGUUCUCGUCCACCUCCUUAAUCUGGAGAAUGGCGCAGUGCCUGCUGCUAUCUUUGGAUACGCCGCUCUUGCAGCCGCAUGGUUGCUGGCAGUCCCCCUCAACUAUUACGAGCAUGUAUACUCGAUCCGAUCCUCAGACGUCAUAUUCUCAUUUUAUGCCUUUUCUAUCGUGGCGCUCAUGAUCCAAGCCAGGACGCUCCGCCUCUUGUCGGACCGCUCAGUGGGCGACUCCGUCCAACUCGCCGCUACUUUUUUCAUGAUCCCGACACUCCUGAUCGGGUUCAUCGUAGAGGCGUGGCCUCGUGGCGCCACCAAAGUCCAGCGAUCCAGCUCCGCGCCCAUCUACGACAAGGCGAACCUGUUCUCACAGAUGACCUUUUUCUUCUUCCUACCGAUUAUCCGACUCGGGAAUACAAAGUCUCUGAUGGCUGAGGAUUUCGCAAAUCAGCUGCCGGAGUGUGUCUACACUGCAGCCUCUCAACCCCUGCUGGAUAUAUACUGGAAAGCAAAUCAGGACAGAGCGACGAAACGGGGCAGGGAGCCGUCUUUAUUUCAGGCAGUGCUGCGGUCCCAACUCAUUCAUGCUCCUGGACUGAUUGCAAUUCGUGUCGUCCGCGUACUGACGAAUUUUGCGGUCCCAGCGGUCUUCAGUCUUUUGCUGGCGUAUUUCCAGGACAUCCAGGACCUGACACCAUCACAGGAAUCGACUGCGCAAUCAUCUGACAACGGCAGCAGUGGUCGUACCACGGGGAACACUAGUUUGGAGUACGGUAUCUUCUUGGUUUUCAGUAUGUCCUUUGCUGGUCUGUGCAAUGUCAUCCUUCUGGCAGUGAGUCGCCAGUACUGCGUUGUUCGUGGGCUUGAGGUUCGAUCAGCUCUGAUGUCCAUGGUAUAUCGCAAGGCUCUAAACCUAUCGCCGGGUUCAAGGCAACUCUCCACCACCGGCCAGAUCCUCAACUACGUCUCCAUCGACGCGGAUGGAUGGGCGGAAGGCGGGUUAGUCUUGACCAUGUGGAUUUCAAUCCCUCUAGAGUUCAUUUCCGCGUUGUAUCUUUUGCACAAAACGCUCGGAUGGAGUGCAUGGGUUGGACUGCUGACGAUGAUUAGCUUGACACCGAUGCAGAUCUGGCGAGUAAAAAUAUUCAACAAGCUGCAGCGGGAGUUGUCUGAGCUCGCUGAUGAACGUAUCCGGGUCAUGACGGAGACUUUGUCCGCUAUCAAAGUCGUCAAACUCUACGCCUGGGAGAGCCCAUUUUUGAAGCGGAUUUUGAACGUCCGUAACCGCGAGCUGGGGGCCAAGCGUCGGAUGGGAGCCCUAGAUGCCAUAAUGUCGAUUGUCUUUUCCUCCUCGCCACUCAUCAUUUCCCUCGUCACGCUGUCGGUCUACGCAACAUGGGGAGGCCCAGGUUUCACUCCAGGAACAUUGACCCCUCAAGUGGUCUUUGUUAGUAUAACCGUAUUCAACAUGCUCAAGAACCCCAUCACCACAUUGAGCGAGACUACUUCGACAACUGUACGACUUGUUGUCAGCACCUCCCGCAUCCAACAAUUCUUGCUUCGGGAGGAGAUUAAUUUUGAUGCGAUCGUUCGGGAGCAUGACGGAUCCAAGAAGCCAUCUGGAGAGCCAGCGGUGGUGGUUCAGGAUGCAACCUUUUCUUGGUCCAAGGAGGCGGUGAUGGUUGAGAAUGAUAGCCUGGAAAAUCAGGACGAUGCGGACGAAACUCAGGCUUUACUUCAUGGAUUACAUGACGACGAAUCAACCGACAUUCAGCGCCCAACCUUGCAGCAUAUCAACCUCUCAGUCAAGGGUGGCUCGCUGGUGGCCAUUGUCGGACGAGUUGGUCAAGGCAAAUCGUCCUUGCUGAGCGCCCUCAUAGGAGAGAUGUACAAGCUUCAUGGAUACGUCAAGACCGUCGGCAGGAUUGCCUAUGUCCCACAGCAGAGCUGGAUCCUGAACGCCACUCUCCGCGACAACAUCUUGUUUGGCCUAGAGUAUGACCAGGAACGGUACGAUCGGAUCAUUGCUGCGAGUGGAUUGGAGCCUGAUCUUGCUAUGCUUCCAGCAGGCGACCAGACAGAGAUUGGUGAGCGCGGUAUCAAUCUCUCGGGAGGUCAGAAGCAGCGAGUCUCUCUUGCUCGAGCUGCCUACAACGACGCUGACAUCUACCUGUUGGACGACCCUCUGAGUGCCGUCGAUGCGCAUGUGGAUCAGCAUCUCUGGAACGAACUGAUAGGACCGCAGGGUUUGCUCCGCAACAAGACCAGACUGUUGGUGACGCACGGUAUCCAUCAUCUCCAGGAAGUCGAUCAAAUCGUUCUGCUGAAGGAUGGCUGCGUUGCAGAGUCAGGACACUUUGAGGAUCUCAUGGCCGCCGGACAAACCUUUUGCCAGCUGAUCAGCGAGUAUGCGAUUACUCAUCGCGACCAAGGUGGUUCUGGCACCUCUUCAAGAGAAGAGUCGGACAUUGCAGACACGCAAAGUCAAGAGACGGUCGGGUCGGGCACGAGCGGCGACUCAACAGUAGCGACGACGCCGAAGUAUGAUAAUGCCAGGAACAGCGAAAUUAAGAAGGAUACCAAGAGGGACAAGAAGGCUGGCAUCAUCAAAACAGAGACUUACAAGGACGGAGAGCUCAAUUUGUCAGUGUUUUUAACCUACCUGCAAGCCAUGACGUACAAGUACACGGCUCUGACUGUAUUCUGUCAUGUCCUCAUGCAGGUGUGUUAUGUCAGCACCACUUUGUGGCUCAAGUACUGGAUCGGUCAAUCCAAGGAGACCGAUGAUCAAGGAAACCCACCCUCGCUCAAGUAUUUCCUGUCGGUGUUUGCCCUCUUGACCCUGGUCUACACCCUGACCGGAAUGGUUCUCAAUUGGGUCUCGUUCGGUGUUGCACUUGUUCGCGCAUCAGAGUACCUCCACCGAAAGUUCAUCAGCAGGAUCAUGCUCCUCCCUCCCUCCUUCUUUGACACCACUCCACUGGGGCGGAUCAUCAAUAUUGCGUCAAACGACUUUUUAUCCAUCGACGAGCGGAUCCCCCUAAAGCUAUAUGAGAUCACCCUCCAAGGUGUCGCCAUCAUCGCCUCCCUCACUGUCGUGGCAUUCACAACCCCCCUAUUCCUCUUUGCAUCCCCCUUCAUCGCUCUCAUCUACUAUUACGUCCAAAAGUACUACAUCCACGCCUCCCAAGCCGCCAAACGCGUCUUCCGCAUCACAAAGUCACCCGUCUAUCAGAGUUUCCAGGAAACCCUUGCGGGAGUCUCGACUAUCCGAGCCAUGGGACUUCAGGAGCGGUUUAUCAAGGCCAACUCGAGGUGGUGUGAUAUUCAUGCGAAUGCGUUUGUGGCAUAUGGGUACUGUAUUCGGUGGAUGGAGAUUCAAGUCCAGAUGGUCAAUGUGUUGAUUACGCUGUUGGCGGGGCUUUGGUUUGUCUUGUUGCCGCAGGGGUCCGUUAAUGCGGCGACUGCCGGAUUGGCACUCAGUUUCGCAAUGUCGAAUGCGCAGGCGCUGAUUUGGUUCACGAGACAUUAUUGUGAUAUGUACAUGCAUCUGAUUGCUACCGAGCGGGUUGAGGAGUAUUCAGAGAUGAGGACUGAGGCGCCACGACUGACGGCGCCCGAUUCUGAGGCGGGUCGUGCAUUGGAGCAACAUUGGCCGCAGGAGGGCAGAAUUGAGUUUGUCGACUACUCGACGCGGUAUCGGGAGGGUAUGGAUCUGGUCUUGAAGGGUAUCUCGUUCAGGGUUGAAGGAGGGCAGAAGAUUGGUAUCGUUGGACGGACGGGUGCUGGCAAGUCGAGUUUGACGUUGGCGUUGUUCAGGAUGAUCGAAGCCGCCAACAGUGAGUGGGCAAGAGCAACCAGCAGCAACAGCAACCAGGAGCCUGAUGAUCCGCACAACGAAGACCAAUUGGACGGCGGCAAGAUCGUGAUCGACAAUAUCGACGUUUCCACUCUCGGACUGACCGACCUGCGCAAGAACCUAUCGAUCAUCCCUCAGGAGCCUGUCCUCUUUGCCGGAACUGUACGAGAGAACCUUGAUCCAUUCGUGGAAAUGGAGGAUGUAGUACUGUGGGAAGCACUGGAGAGAUCAUACCUCAAGUCUGUCAUCGCUGCAUUACCUGGCGGGCUGCUGUUCCAGGUAGCCCAGAACGGCGAGAACUUUUCAGUCGGCCAACGGUCCUUAAUCUGCCUCGCACGAGCACUCCUAAGAAAGAGCAAGAUCCUGGUGUUGGACGAAGCGACUUCGGCCGUGGAUAUCGAGACAGACGAGUUGAUCCAAAAGACGAUCCGGACCGAGUUCAAGGAGAGGACAGUUUUGACGAUUGCGCAUCGUAUCAAGACUGUGAUGGAUUCCGACAAGAUACUAGUGCUGGACCAUGGUCGCGUUGUGGAGUUUGACGCGCCCAAGGUUUUGCUUCAGGAUGAGAGCUCGUUGUUUUAUAAGCUGGCGAAGCAGGCUGGCGAAGCCUGA